AUGGUUCUACUUGCAGCAGCAAUUUGCACGAAGGAUGGAAAGGCUCUCGUAUCUCGUCAGUUUGUGGAAAUGUCAAAAUCUCGUAUCGAGGGCUUAAUAGCGACAUUUCCUAAGCUCGCAGAUUCUGGCAAGCAGCAUACAUUCGUUGAGACCGAUUCCGUUCGUUAUGUGUACCAACCCCUAGAAAGACUUAUUGUUCUUCUAAUCACCACUAAAGCAAGCAACAUUCUUGAAGACCUCGAAACUCUUCGGCUUUUUGCCCGACUAAUUCCUGAGUAUGCACGUGGUUCGGAAGCUUCCGAUAUAAUUGAAAACGCAUUUCAAAUAAUCUUCGCUUUUGAUGAGAUUGUUGCUCUUGGCUAUCGAGAGAGUGUUACCUUAAGUCAAAUUCGAACCUUCACAGAAAUGGAUUCACAUGAGGAGAAAAUGUUCAAUGCUGUUCGUGAGAACCAAAUGCAGGAGGCGCGCGAGUUGUCUAAACGUAAAGCUCGCGAGCUUCAAUUAGCAAGACAAGCUGCAGCCAAACAGGGCCUUCCACCUAGUUCAGUUUAUAAUAGCUUUUCCAGUGGGAGAAAUGCUGCUGACUAUUUCGCAUCAUCGGGACCUAGGGUUGAACCCUCCGUUGAUGACUAUGCAGCAGCUUUACUCUCCUCGAGUAGAGAGCCAGAAGUCUCUACACGUGGUCGUGGAAUGCAGUUGGGUAGUGGUCGGGGUGGUCAAAUGAAAUCGGAGAUGGAUAAGUUGACGGAUAUGCUUCGCAGUGAAGCACCUGCUUCUUCCCUGCUUGUAACCAGCUCCAAAACCGAUAUUGUUGAUACCUCAGCUGUUCCUAUGCACAAUGGAAUUCUCCACGUUCGAGCUGCUGACGAGCGCUCCACGACGGCUCGCAUUCGUGUGGAUUUAUCUGGGGCGACUUCUGGCUCGGAACAACGUCCCCCGUCUUCUUUCCAAACCCAUCCAAAUAUGGAUAAACCCACUUUCCAGUCGACCAAUUGGCUGGCGAUAAAGCCCGGUGGCAAGGCUUUCCUAGUAGACAAGGAAGUAGCUGUGCUCAAAUGGCGUGCUCAAACGACAAACGAGGCUGCCCUUCCCAUUGUUAUCAACUGUUGGCCUUCUGAUAUCACGGGCGGAUUUGAAGUUAUCGUCGAGCACACCUUGCAGGAUAAAUCACUGUCUCUACAGAAUCUGUGCAUCUCGAUUCCUUUACCCCCGAGUCUAAAGCCUCCAGUUGUGAGUAAAUGCGAUGGAGACUACGAGGUGGACUCUCGUCGUGGGCAAAUUCGUUGGACUCGACCGUUUGUUGAUGCUGACAACGACACCGGUACUCUGGAAUUCAUCAUCCGUACUGAUAAAAACUCUAAAGCCGAUCAAUUCUUCCCUGUCAGCGUCGAUUUCUCUUCCACUCAAUCCUACUGUGGUGUUGUGAUAACGGAAGCUGCUGAUGAGAACGGAGAACCAAUAAAAUUCUCCUCAGAAGUCAAUUUCCACUCCGAACGAUAUACAAUUGUGUAG